AGGGAAAUAUUAUAAAUUAAAAUGUUUUGAUAUUCCAGAAUACAAUGUUUCCUUCGAAAAACGUGGUUGAUUACGGCAGUGAAGCAAAUUGGUUUCUUCCUACAAAUAGGAUGGAUGGUGAUACAUCCAAUACCUAUAAUUCUCCUUUCCAGACUCCAAUUGCCAAUAGAUAUUCCAGUUCAACGGAUUCCACAUCUCCGGAAUCCUACUUCAAUACACCAUUACAAAUAAAUCAACACUUUGAACAUAGUAGGACAAGAUCUGAUACCCCAAAAACAUAUGACAGUAAACUGCAUGACUCCCGACCUAUCUUCUAUAAUAAUUUCGACUCUCCCCCAAUUUAUGACAGUCGUCCUUUAAAGUUUGAUACCAGUCUGUUUGACAGAACUGUGCCAGGUGUCACACCUCGACACUACAACAGUUUAAGUACUAUACCUUAUGAUAGCAAUAUUCCAGUGCAUCAACACCAAAGUAAUGAUUAUAAUCAAAUACAUGAUACCCCAUUUCAAUUACAACGUCAUAGAGCUAUUGUAGGUCGUAAAAUUCUUGGUUGUCAUUCCAGACUGUCUGGUAACGAAGAACUAAAAACUGACACUGAUUACAGUAUAUGGCAGCCAAAGACUCCAGAACCUACCCAAAUGCCGUACGAAUUAUUCCCAUCCAAUGAAAAAUGUUCUGGAUUCCAUACUCCUGUGAAAAAAACUGCAGAUUACCCAGCAAACUCUCGAUACAAAAUAUCACCAACAUCCUCUGUAGUGCCAGUGUCAUAUUUGUCACAGAGUGUGUCACCAGCAUCGAGUACCAUUCGUUAUACUGACAACCUGUCACCGUCCACUACAAAUAGGUUACAAUAUACUGAUAAUCUGUCACCAACUACUUCAAAGAGAUUACAAUUUAUCGAAAACCAGCCACCAACUGGUUUAAAUAUAAAUCGUUAUUCAGAGAACAUGUCACCAACUCCAAAUAGGCUUUGUUAUACCAAGAACUUGUCACCAACUACAAGUAGGAUUUGUUACCCCGAGAACCUGUCACCGACUUCAAAAAAGAUCCUGUAUCCUCAAUUCAAACCUCCUUAUAACCCUUCCCACACAGGAGCUUCUUCAAGCAAUGGUGAAAUCGGUCCAUCCAAAAUGUGCAUGUUCUGCCGUAAGAACGGUGAAACUGCAAGUGUUUAUAUGGACCACUGCGUCAAAGAGAAGAUUGGGAACAAAUAUAAAGUUACCUGUCCGAUAUUGAGGGAGCUUGUAUGCAUGACAUGUGGCGCCACGGGUGACGAUGCUCAUACGAUAACCUACUGUCCAGUACUACGGAGCUGUAACAAUGGCAAACCUCUGCAAUCUACGACCAUUACAUUGAAAAGCACACGUAUCAAGAGUGAUGGUACAAAACGAAACAAGACGAAUACAAACCAAUAUCUAUGGCAGGGAUAA